AUGAAGCUUGCUCUCUGCACCCCUAUUCCAGAUAAGCAGAGAAGAUAUGUUGUGACUGGCAUAGGCGGCAUGGGCAAAAGCGAAGUAUGUCUCAAGCUAGGCGAAGAAGUGGUGAAUUACUUUUGGGGCAUCUUCUGGAUCGAUGUCAGCGACAGCUCCGCUGCCGAGAGGGAACUCAAAGCGCUCGCGAGCAGAUUCGAGCCAUGCGUGGACACGCUUAAGGAUGCUUUGAAUGUCAUAUCCCGGAUUGAGAAGGACUGGAUCCUCAUACUGGACAAUGCAGAUGAUCCAGAUUUUGAUUAUGGACAUUUCUUCCCACCUGGAUCCAAAGGGGCAAUCCUCUUGAAUUCUCGGAAUCCUGAAUGUGAGGGUCACCAAACUGUCGGUUGCAGGAAGCUGGAGGCUCUAGACCCAGAAGAUGCAGUUGAUCUGCUACUCAAGGCCUCAAAAGUUAGCAAAAGUUCGAGACUUUCCAUGGCACCGGCUGCGCGGCAAAUCGUGGAUCUCCUAUCUUCUCACACUCUUGCAUUGACCCAGGCUGGGGCUUUUGUCGCGAACGGCUACUGCAGUCUACCAGAAUACGCUUCAACUUACGAAGAAGAACGCCAAAGGCUUCUGCAGUUUCGGCCACGUCAGGCGCAGUCGAGAUACGGAGACGUUUACGCUACUUUUGAAGCAUCUGCACGAGUCCUCGAGGCAUCUCAAGACCGCCACGUGCAACUUGCGUUGUUCAUCCUUGGGACGUUCUCGAUGCUGAACUACACGAACCUUCCAAUCAGAGUCUUCGCAGAAGCUUGGGAAGGAUCACGCGGUGUUCUGGCUGACACCUCUGAUGACAAAGACAGUAAUCUCGACAAACUGUCUAAUGCUCACGUUGAGCAAGUUUCCAGCCUCCUACCAGUUCACUCGGCUAAGUGGAAUCGUUUCGACUUCCACCACUCGUUGGAGCUUCUUUCCUCACUCGCAUUGAUCAAGCAAUCCAGUAUCGGGGAGAAUGAGAAGGCAGUAUCCAUACAUCCGCUCGCGCAUGCGUGGGUCAAAGAUAGGAUGGACGACGAGAGCCAGGUCAGGACUUGGCUUCGGACCGGAUCCUUCAUCGCUCUCUCUGCCCACAAGGUUGUGUGGGAACCCUGGACAAGUGUAUGGAGACUUCUGGAGUCUCCACUCCGUCCACAUAUCACAUCUUUCAUUGGAAAUGGUGAGGACUACAGUACCUCUGACAACCCCAUUGGUGUGCUUGUACAGAUCCAGUACCGCUGUGCAUGGAUACUAUAUCAUAUGAGACUGGAUCAGGAACUCGAUUCUUAUCUGUCGCGUCUGUACGAACGACUCGGUGAAAGGCCACAACCACCAACCAAAGAGCUGCUUCCGCUAGCCAAGAUUAAGGCGCGAAAUCUGGGGGCCCUCGGAGAUAUGUCCGCAUCUUUACAAAUGUGGGAACAAAUCAACAUCUUGGAAUCAGCAUUACCUGAAAGCGAUUGGAGGCGGCUCGUAUCGCAGCACGAGUUGGGAACCGCUUAUCUCCAAAAUUACCAAGUUCGACAAGCCAUCGACGUCCUCGAACGAGUCGUUCAAGCCAAACAAGCCAUUCUCGCAGACAGCCACCCCGACCUGAUGGCGUCCGUACAUGAGCUUGCUCGUGCAUACGUUGAAGACGACAGAGUUCUGGAUGCUAUCGGACGGUUCGAACACGUUGUGAGUGUCUCGGAAAAUCUACUUCCACCCACUCAUCAGGACUUGUUGAUAUCUCGCCAUGAGCUCGCCCGCUCGUACCUCUUGAACGGUCAAGUCCGGAAAGCCGUGAAAGGUUUUGAGUACAUCGUACACGCUUCGAAAGAUGUUCUUCCACCAAACCAUCCGAACUUGCUCAUAACAAAGCGCCAACUUGCUCGUGCUUAUCAAGCCAGCGGCCGACUUGGCGAUGCUAUUGAUCUGCUUGAGUUUGUUGCCGAUGCACAAUCAAAGACUCUUCCGAACGGUAACACAAGCUUUUUACAGACGAAAUCGUGGCUCUCAGAGGCGUACUUUCGAGACAGACAGAUUGAAAAGGCUAUCACGGUCUUGGAAAAUGUCCUGAGUUCCCGGAAACAGGUAUCACAAGAGCAUGAAUCCAGUAUCAGGGAAGAAGAGGAGAAGCUGGUCAAGAUGCGGGCAGAACUCCACAAGAAUCAGACGUUAGAUGAUUAA